UGCAACUGGAGGGACGGAGGAUAACUAAUUGAACACCGGACCUGAGGGAAAGAUAAAAAGGCCUACAAACAGAAGACACAAUAUAGAGACGCAGACAAAGGACACAUGAGGGCGCUAUGAGACACAGAAGGGAAACUAGAGAGGAUGGAGACACAUCAGGAGACACAAAAAGGAGGGGGCAGACGCAGACCAUGACGGUUAGAGAAAACUUAAUUUGAUGCUUUGAUUGUCUUUUACACAGGUGGGAAUAAAAUUAUGUUUAAUGUACAAAACUGUGAACUGAAUCUUGCUCUCUGGGUGCUCUGAUCGUACAAUCGCCCCUAAGAGUUAGCAUGUUCUCCCCAUGCAUGUGUGUAUUUCUUCUGGGUAAUCUAGAUUCCUCCCACUGAUCAAAAACUAGAAAUUCAGGGUAACUGGAGGUAAAUGUUAAAUUCAGACUUAAUAAAGGACACUUUACUGUUACUGCACAACAAUUUGCAUGUGUUACCACUGUGUGGCACUGAUGGAUAAGCUGCAGAAUCCUCUUCUCCAGAACCAAAGAAAACAAAGUGAAAACACAACCAAAAUUUAAACGCUUUGCAAAAACUGUUGGUUCAUUGUCACCACCAGAUGAAAGAAUCCAUGAAUCAAUCACUUUUACUCGUGUGUUUUGCAUCAUUGUGCAAACUCAUGUAGCUACAUUGAGUUUGAGCCAGACGGUCCCGGUCUCCCUCCUCCCCUGCUGAUAUAAACGUGCAACAGAGAUGGGACUUUAAUCCAGAGAGGAGCCCUUCACUUGUCACAGGAUGGCCAUGCACCGUCUAAACACUUUUUAGAAAAAGGACUUGGAAGGCUUUAAGGGGGAAAUCCCAGCAGGAUAAUACUUAUUUUUCACCUCACCUUGGCUGUGUUAAAUUUGGGGUGAUGUCCCAGUUAUGGUGCAGACAGACCCUGCUCUCUGUGGAACUGGGCAUACUGGUGGCGAUCCUAGUGGCUGGUGGAGCAGCACAGCUUUAUGACACAAGGGAAGCGGGGUCAUCGUGUUACGGAGGAUUUGACCUCUACUUUGUUCUGGACAAGUCUGGCAGUGUGCAGCAUUACUGGAAUGAGAUAUAUUACUUUGUGGAUCAUCUCGCUCACAAGUUCAUCAGUCCUCAGCUGCGGAUGUCCUUCAUUGUGUUUUCCACAGAAGGACGGACACUUAUGGCUCUGACAGAAGACAGGUGGCUCAAACACAAACACACAGCUGUCUUUGUAAAUGUAACUUGUAUUUUCAGUGUAGCAAUUCAUCUCCAUGGGCUUUGUUUACCGAUCAGAGAUCAGAUUCGAGCCGGACUGGAGGAGCUGCGCAUGGUGCAGCCAGGCGGAGACAGCUUCAUGGACAAAGGGCUUCAUAAAGCCAGCGAGCAAAUAUACUACGGGACAGGACACGGAUACCGGACAGCGAGUGUCGUCAUCGCACUGACCGAUGGAGAGCUGAGAGAGAAUCAGUUUGAUUGGGCACAAAGAGAGGCCAGCAGAGCUCGCCAGCUCGGUGCUACAGUGUACUGUGUGGGAGUGAAAGACUUCAAUGAAACACAGCUUUCCACUAUAGCUGACAGCAAAGACCACGUCUUCCCUGUGAAUGAUGGAUUUCAAGCUCUGCAAGGGGUCAUCGAUUCGAUCUUAAAGAGAUCAUGUGUAGAGAUCCUGGCGGUUGAGCCCUCCAGUAUUUGUGAAGGAGAAACUUUCCAGGUGGUUGUGAGAGGAAACGGUUUCCUUCAUGCCAGAGAUGAGCAGCAGGUUCUCUGCAGCUUCCGCAUCAAUGACACGGUCACUUUCAUGGAGAGGCCUCUGGUGGUCAGGGACACUUUCCUUUUGUGCCCGGCACCGGUUCUGGAAAAAGUUGCAACGUCGGCCACGCUCCAUGUCAGCAUGAACAAUGGCCUCAGCUUCAUCUCCAGCUCCGUCACAAUCACUGCAGUUGCUUGUUCUGAUGGGACCUUUGUGGGAAUCGCACUGCUCGUCCUGCUGCUCCUGCUCACUAUUGCUCUACUCUGGUGGUUCUGGCCUCUUUGCUGCACUGUGGUUAUUCAUGAACCACCUCCCCCAGCAAUAGAGGACAUUUCAGAUGAUGAGGAUGGCUUUCCAAAGAAAAGGUGGCCCACAGUAGACGCAUCCUACUACGGAGGCCGAGGAGUUGGAGGAAUCAAAAGAAUGGAGGUUCGUUGGGGAGAUAAAGGCUCAACCGAAGAAGGAGCCAAGCUGGAAAAAGCCAAAAAUGCUCGAGUUGUGAUGCCGACUGAGGAGUACGACCCAGCUCCAACACGGCCUCACUACCCCACACUCAAAACCAUCCAUUCCCAGAAGUGGUAUUCACCCAUCAAGGGAAAACUAGAUGCUCUGUGUGUGUUCCUGAGGAAAGGCUACGACAGGGUGUCCGUGAUGAGACCUUAUCCUGGAGACAAGGGUAGGUGCAUAAACUUCACCCGGAGGCCGUCCUACCCUCCACCCCGCUACCCCAUCUACAACCAGCCCUCUACACCUGUCUAUACUCUGCCACACACGUAUCAGCGUCGUACGUCCGAGGACAGCCUCCAAUUGCCUCCCUCUCCAACAUCCAUCUUACCCCCUCUGCCAUCGACUCCUCCUCCCUCAUCCAGCAGCUGCCCCCUGUACACCCCCCCUCCAAACAGAGCCCUUCCCCCAGCCAACACCAACAAGUCCUCUGCUCCCCCAUCUCCAACCUGCUCCAUCCUAUCCCCACCUGAGUGCUCACCUCCUUGUAGGGCGCCUCCUCCCUCACGGCCUCCUCCACGUCCCAAUCAUGAGAUGUACUGAAGAACAAAGAUCUGAACUUGAUCACAGACUAAAACCCUUUCACUGGAUCUUGAAUCAUGUCCAAUCAGAACAGUAACAUCACUGACUAUUCAUGAUUUGCACGUGAUGUGUAACCAAAAGGACGAUUUGAUUCAGAAGUCAAGAUGAUCUAGCCUAGAGAACAAAAUUUUUGCUUUGCAAAGUUUGGUCUAGGAACGCUCCAUUGGAGCCUCUGAAGCCCCAAGCCGCAUUCUGGCUGGCCAAUUACAGCUGUCUAUAGGGGUUUCAAACACAUAGAGAGCUGUGAUUGGUCCAUAAUGGUGGGCCAAUCAUAGUGCUCUAUCUGCUUUGUGAACCAAUCACAGCGCUUAAUCCGCUUUGUGGGCCAAUCAGGGCCCUCUAUUCGUCUGGUGGGUGGGAUGAUGCAACAGAGUGGAACAAGAUGGUGACAGCUCGUUUGAAACGGCUUUACAUCAAUUUUGGACUAUUUGGAUUUGGGCUUUAUUACAAUCAGGAGCAGAUAGAUGCAUUUAAGUUCUUUUUUAGAUUAAAGGAUGUACAGGUCCUUCUAAAAAAAUAGCAUAUUGUGAUAAAGUUCAUUAUUUUCUGUAAUGUACUGAUAAAUAUUAGUCUUUCAUAUAUAUAUUAGAUUCAUUACACACAACUGAAGUAGUCCAAGCCUGUUAUUGUUUCUAAUAUUGAUGAUUUUGACAUACAGCUCAUGAAAACCCAAAAUUCCUAUCUCAAAAAAUUUGCAUAUGAAAAGGUUCUCUAAACGAGCUAUUAACCUAAUCAUCUGAAUCAACUAAUUAACUCUAAACACCUGCAAAAGAACCCUGAGGCUUUUAAAAACUCCCAGCCUGGUUCAGUACUCAAAACCGCAUCAUGGGUAAGACUGCCGACCUGACUGCUGUCCAGAAGGCCAUCAUUGACACCCUCAAGCAAGAGGGUAAGACACAGAAAGAAAUUUCUGAACGAAUAGGCUGUUCCCAGAGUGCUGUAUCAAGGCACCUCAGUGGGAAGUCUGUGGGAAGGAAAAAGUGUGGCAGAAAACGCUGCACAACGAGAAGAGGUGACCGGACCCUGAGGAAGAUUGUGGAGAAGGACCGAUUCCAGACUUUGGGGGACCUGCAGAAGCAGUGGACUGAGUCUGGAGUAUAGAAACAUCCAGUUCUACCAUGUACAGGCGUGUGCAGGAAAUGGGCUACAGGUGCCGCAUUCCUCAAGUCAAGCCACUUUUGAACCAGAAACAGCGGCAGAAGCGCCUGACCUGGGCUACAGAGAAGCAGCACUGGACUGUUGCUCAGUGGUCCAAAGUACUUUUUUUGGACAAAAGCAAAUUCUGCAUGUCAUUCGGAAAUCAAGGUGCCAAAGUCUGGCGGAAGACUGGGCAGAAGGAAAUGCCAAAAUGCCUGAAGUCCAGUGUCAAGUACCCACAGUCAGUGAUGGUCUGGGGUGCCAUGUCAGCUGCUGGUCUUGGUCCACUGUUUUAUCAAGGGUAGGGUCAACGCAGCUAGCUACCAGGAAAUUUUAGAGCACUUCAUGCUUCCAUCUGCUGAAAAGCUUAAUGCAGAUGCAGAUUUCAUUUUUCAGCACGACCUGGCACCUGCUCACAGUGCCAAAACCACUGGUAAAUGGUUUACUGACCAUGGUAUUACUGUGCUCAAUUGGCCUGCCAACUCUCCUGACCUGAACCCCAUAGAGCAUCUGUGGGAUAUUGUGUAGAGAAAGUUGAGAGACGCUAGACCCAACACUCUGGAUGAGCUUAAGGCCGCUAUCGAAGCAUCCUGGGCCUCCAUAACACCUCAGCAGUACCACAGGCUGAUUGCCUCCAUGCCACGCCGCAUUGAAGCAGUCAUUUCUGCAAAAGGAUUCCCGACCAAGUAUUGAGUGCAUAACUGAACAUAAUUAUUUGAAGGUUGACUUUUUUGUAUUAAAAACUCUUUUCUUUUAUUGGUCGGAUGAAAUAUGCUAAUUUUUUGAGAUAGGAAUUUUGGGUUUUCAUGAGCUGUAUGCCAAAAUCAUCAAUAUUAGAAACAAUAAAAGGUUUGGACUACUUCGGUUGUGUGUAAUGAAUCUAAUAUACAUGAAAGUCUAAUGUUUAUCAGUACAUUACAGAAAAUAAUGAACUUUAUCACAAUAUGCUAAUUUUUUUAGAAGGACCUAUAUGUUUGCCUUCUUCAACAGUGGACCGCCUCGUUUACCGACAUCCGUAGCGGCGAGUACGUCACGUUGUUUAUUGUCCAGCAGCAUGCCGAGAUCGCUUGAAAGACAACGACAAAACCCGCCCCAUGACGAGAGCCGUCAAUGGAGCCUGGCUUGCCAGGCUUAAGAUGAUCAACAUUAAUGUAAACAAUCACAGCUUUGAUUCUGUCACAGUUACACUUUUCCUUUAUUAGAACACAUUUUCUUAUGAAAAUUAGAUAUUUUGGUUUCAGCACAGCAGUUUAAAUUUAAGUCACUUUUAUGGAAGCAAAAGUCUGCCACUGGAGAAAAAGGAAUCACAAUUGUGCAUGGGUUUCAAUGUUAAUAUUACUGACAGUCAUGACUCAUACCUACCAUUUAAAAGUAUUAAAAUGGACUUUGGAAGCCACAAAAAUGACUUUGAAACUAAUGUAUCCCCAAAACAAAGUUAUAAUUAAGAGAAAAGUUCACAGUUUGUAAUUCUGAUUAUGAGACCCCACCCCCACUCCGAGGGCCGGCGGGUCAGAAAAAUGCCAGGGCUGAACUGUAGUCCCAGUCCACCCUUCUUUGGAAGGGUCAGAGAAACUAAUUCACUAAAACCAAUGAAUAAAAUAAUCGGAAAAGAAUAAAAUAGGAUAAAAUGCAUAAAGAGUAAAUUAGUAAAGAUUCUGGGUCAAAAGUUAGAAACAUUUGAGAUUUGUCUGAUGUCAUUAGCUACGUUUACAUGUGCCACAUUUCCCCUGUCCGAGUCUAAUCUUGAUUAAUUGGAAAUCCCAAAUCUCUGUUUACAUGGACACUAACUGAAAUGAUCCGAUCAUGCCGUGAGUAUACUUGCACCAAGCAUUCACUCAGAUGAAAUAGGUUGAGCAUGCGCAGAGUUGUAAACAAAUAUCGUCUUGUCCGCACAGCUUUUCCCUUGCAUUUUAUUUUCUUAUUCUCUAGCUUUGUUCAUUGACUGACGUUUUAUUUCCCCGUUAUGGACCACCUUAGUUUACCUCCCGCCAUGUUUUCGACUUGACCCGUGCGUCUGCAAAGGCGGAAGGAUGUCACGCUGAAGUUGUACACAUGCGCAGUGGGCAUUAUUUUACUCCAACAUUCUGAAUGGAUGUGUACAUGGAUGUCAAUCGGAAUGAUGAUCGGACAAAACCACCUGUCAAACAGAAAGAAAUUUUAUUCCAAUCGGGCCGGAUCGGAUCCCAAUAUUCCGACUGACAUGUUUACAUGAAGAAUUUUUGAUCUGAUAGGGCAUUCAUUCCAAUUACUUGAGCCCAUGUAAACUUAGCUACUGAUAAGUCAGCAGUCUCAUGAUCAUGUUUUAAUAUGAUGUGCAAUGAUUCAUGUAUGUUUAUUAUCUUGUGUUAAUUUCAUGUGAAAACAAGAUACUUCUGUAUAAAUGUUAAAUGUUUAAUAUUUAAUAUCUUUUAGUCCUCCACAUCGAGAAGAGCCAGUUGAGGUGGCUCGAGCAUCUAGUUAGGAUGCUUCCUGGAUGCCUCCCUGGUAAGAUUUUCCAAUCACGUCCAACCAGGAGGAGGCCUAAAGGUAGACCCAGGACACGUUGGAGGGACUAUCUCUCUCACCUGGCCAGGGAAUGCCUUGGGAUUCCCCCGGAAGAGCAGGCCCAAGUGGCUGGGGAGAGGGAAGUCUGGGCCUCUCGACUUAGGCUACUGCCCCAUGACCCGACUCCGGAUAAGCGGAAGAAAAUGGAUGGAUGGAUGUUUUGUCAAAACAUGUUCCAAAGCUGGACAGCCUUUACAGAUUAUGACUAAUGAUGACUUGAUCCAGAUUGCUAAUGUGAGCAAAACAAAAUGUUCUUUUAAGUGAAACCUAAAAAGUAAAUGAGCUUUAAAAAAAAUAAAUAAAUAAAAACUCAUGUUACAUGUGAAGCUUUGAGGCAAUAAUCUUCAUUUACUUUUAAAGCCAUGCUACACAACUCAAUUCAUUUGCUUGAUUUCUUGAUGUGCUAAAAUGUCUCUUUACAAUGUUAAUGAAAUGCUACUUAGACUGCACUGCCCUCUGUGGCCAGAAUACCACAUUUGAAACUUCAGAGUGCCAGUCUGGUCCUUGUUAGGCUGAGAAAACAAUUGAGCUGACAUACCUGGCACAGCAGUCUGCUUCCAGCACAUUUCCUGCAUGUUUUAGAUCAGGAAAAGGUGAUUUGUUUCAUUUAGUAAUGAAUCACACCUGUAGACAUUAAGUUUGAGGAGACAUUUCAGCUGUUAGAUUAAGAUCAGGGCUGCCAACUUUUGAACAUUUC